AUGGCGGCGUCUGUGCUUCCCCGCUUUUCCUCGCGAUCCGUGUCCGCGGCGCCGCCGUCUCCCCCGGCAUCGUCGUCGCGCUCCCUGCUUCUCGCUAUUGUCACAUGCGCAGCUGUGCCGCGGCUCUUCGCUUCGGCUUCCUCCGCUCCUCCUCUCCCACGGCCUCUCUCUCCGCUUCUUCUCUCUCUGCUCGCCUCCGGCGCGGCGUCGCACGCCUCCCGCCCCCCCGCCUUCGCUGGGUCGCCUGCCUCGCGCAGCAGCUGCCCGUCUGCUUCCCUGGCGCCGCUCGCUUCCUCCACGCGUCUCGCGUAUCUCUUUCCGCGCUCCUUUUCUGCGUUUUCCUCUCCCGCCUGCGCGCGUCUUGCGUCUGCGGCGGCGAGCUCGCGCGACGCGCGCUCGGACGCCUCUCUGGGCGAAAGGCCGAGAGAGGCGUCUGCCGUCGCCCGCGCCGCCAAAGCCGCGACGCGAGCCUCGAGGGCGGCGACCGCGGCUCGCGCGGCCGCGCAGAGUCUGGCUCCGCCUGCGGCCGCGGGGCGACGGCCCGGCAUCGCGGCUUCGGCGGAGUCUGCGCGGCAGUUCUCGUCGCUCUUUUCGACGCAGUCGCUAUCUGCCGAGACAGAGACAGUUGAGGGAAGAGCGGAGAGGGCACCUCGGUGCGAGAAAGAUGCGCAGCCGUGCGGAGGAGGAGACCGGCGAUAUUCUCCCGUGGAGUCCGGCUGCGAGGGCGAGAAGAGCUUCUCGCUCGUCCUCUCCGACCGCGAGACAGGGAAGCGCCUGUCUCCGUGGCACGGCGUCCCGCUCUUUGCCGGGCGCGAAGGCGAGAAUCUGUUCAACAUGGUCGUUGAAAUUCCGAAAAAUUCCCGGAAAAAAAUGGAAAUCCAACUCGACCGACCUCUGACGCCCAUCAUGCAGGACGUCAAGAAAGACGGGUCCCUCCGCGAGUACGCCAGCACAAUGUACUGGAACUACGGCGCCUUCCCGCAGACGUGGGAAGAUCCGCGAGCGCCUGGCGACCCAGAAGUGUUCCACGCGCUCGGCGACGGAGACCCCCUCGACGCGGUGGAAAUCGGGAGCCAAGUGCUGCGGCUCGGAGACGUCGUCUCUGUGAAGGUUCUCGGCGCCCUCGCGAUGAUUGACAAGGGCGAGCUUGACUGGAAGGUGCUUGCGAUUCGCGAAGGCGACCCACUUUUCUCCCAGCUGCACUCGAUCGAGGACGUCGCGCGGCUUUGCCCCGGCGUCGUUUCAGGCGUCCGCGAGUGGUUCCGCUGGUACAAGCUCCCAACCGACAACGUCCUGAAUACCUUCGGGCACAACGAGGAGGCGCUCGGCGCCUCUGAGGCCCUGCAGGUCGUCCGCCGGGCCCACGAGCACUACCGUCGGCUUAUAGAAGACGGAGAACGCGCGCGCCGACGCCGAGGGGGCGGCGACGAAACAGACGCGGGCGCGCUGCCUCCUGCGAAGGGGUACGCGGUGACGAUUGAAGGGAAGCAGACCUUGUGGCUGCCGCUGGACGAGUAG